AUGGAACCGUCAUUUUAUUUGCUAAACAGACAUCAACAUGACAACAAUGCUGAUACUUCUACGGCAGCAACAAACGAGCAUAUUCUGCGGUCAAAUCCGUUCGAUUCCGAGAUUAAUGAUUCAGUUGCGAACCGAUCAUUCGAACAAGAGGAAUAUUUGACCGAGUGCGACGAUGCUGCUGACGUUGAGGAUGAAUUAUCACGGAAUGCUUUUGCAUAUGAAGAAGCAUAUAACGACGCACUAAUUACCGAGGAGAUUAACCAGCAAGAAUCGGUGAAUUUUGAAGCAGACGAGACAAAUAGAGACAGCGAUAAAGUUUUCAUUUUCGCCGGUGUGUUUUGUCGAAAAUUAUAUUGUUCCCAGCAGCGCCCACGUGAAUUCGAAAAGCGUAGUAUAGAAGGAAAUGAUAUGACGGAAGUUUUGGAGUUACUUUGGCAGGUAGCAAAAAAGCAGGUGCAUAGAGCAGUUACCUUCAAAGAUGAUAUUCCAACAUGGGCCGAAGAUGAUCCAAAACUGGAACACAUACAAAAAUUUGUAACAUUGCAAGAUGCGUGUAAAAAGAAGCUCUAUUAUGUGUCAUCGGUUUCUCCCAGACUUCUGCGGAAUUGGCGACAGACGACUAAAAUUUUUGUUUACGUCUACUCCACAAAUGUCGAAAAUAACACACAGUAUCAACAAAUUUUAAAGAAAUUAAUUUUACCACAAAACCCGGAUCGAUCUGGUGCCAACAGUACUGUGGAUGAAUCUGUACUAGCCGCUGAGCUUCGCAGCAAACAUCCUGACAUCGAGGGGCAUCAUAGUUCAUGGCUGCUUUGGGCCAACUUAAUCAAUUCUUCUCCGAUACACGAACGAGAUAAACUGAAGACAUCCAAGGCACCACCGUUAGAACUGGCGAAAUAUUUUCGAUGGACGGCUAUAUCUGAAGCAGCAAGAUUGCAGUCGUUGCAUAGAGGAAUCGUGGUAGCGUCGUCGAUCUAG